AUGCAGCACUACGGGGUGAACGGCUACUCUCUCCACGCCAUGAAUUCACUGAGCGCCAUGUACAACCUCCACCAGCAGGCGGCGCAGCAGGCGCAGCAUGCACCUGACUACAGGCCCUCAGUGCAUGCACUCACUCUUGCAGAGAGACUGGCUGACAUUAUCCUUGAGGCCCGAUAUGGCUCCCAACACCGAAAGCAGAGGCGCAGUCGGACAGCCUUCACUGCUCAGCAGCUGGAGGCUCUGGAGAAAACCUUCCAGAAGACCCACUAUCCUGAUGUGGUGAUGAGGGAGCGUCUGGCCAUGUGUACGAACCUGCCAGAGGCACGUGUGCAGGUCUGGUUCAAGAAUCGCCGGGCCAAGUUUCGUAAGAAGCAGCGCAGCCUGCAGAAGGAGCAGCUCCAAAAACAAAAAGAAGCAUCUGGAGCUGCAGAUGGCUCUACUGAAGACUCCAAGACUGACCUCACUACCACCACUACGCUGGUUCCUGAGGCCCGCACUCCUCCUCCUCCCUCCUCCGCUUCAUCCUGUCACUCAGAGACAGAGAGGCUGGCAGCAGCACAGCCCCAGCCUGGGGAGAUGAGUGUGGAAGUUAACGUCACCUCCCCUGAGCCGUCGGACUGCGAGUCAGCAGCAGAAGAUAAUGCUGACAGAGAGGAGGACGAAAUGAGAGGGGAGACGAGGGUGAAGAUCAGGGAGGAGACGCAAGGGGAGGUGGGAGCGCAGCCAGAGAGCAGCUCCCCGUCCUGCAAACGACUCAGCCCCACAUCAGACUCUCCCCUGAGCUCCCCCGCCUUGCCAUCCUCCAGCAGUGUGACUGCUGGUUUGGCCCAGAGCAACUCCUACGCCUCGUCUCCCCUCAGCCUCUUCCGGCUGCAGGAGCAGUUUCGGCAGCACAUGGCUGCCACCAACAACCUGGUGCACUAUCCCUCCUUCGACAUGAGCACGCCAUCCUCUUUGCCCUACCUGGGCAUGAACGUCAACAUGCCAUCACCACUGGGCUCGCUGCCCUGCCAGUCCUACUAUCAGACCCUGUCCCAGGCCCAGCAGGUAUGGAACAGCCCACUGCUGCAGACAGCGCCAGGCAGCCUCCCGGGAAGCCUCAACAGCAAGACCACCAGCAUCGAGAACCUCCGUCUGAGGGCCAAGCAGCACGCAGCCUCGCUGGGAUUGGACACUCUCCCCAACUGA